AUGGAGCGAAGGACUCUGUUUGUUCUCUUCUCCAUUCUCCUCGCCGGGACACCGACCCUCGGCCAGCGGGACGACAGUUCGGAAGCCCUCGUCUCUGUGAACGUGGGUGUUAUCCUCGACAUGGGGACCCUGGUCGGGAAGAUGUGCUGGACCAGUAUCUCCAUGGCCGUCGAUGACUUCUACGCCGCCAACCGCAAUUUCACAACCCGGCUGGUGCUCCACCUCAGGGAUGGCGAGGCCAGUGUCAUCAGCGCCGGAUCCGCAGGUAGUCUUCUUCGCCCCUCUCACUCUUCCAAGCUUUUCCGUUCACAGCCAGGUUCGCUGCUUCUUACUCAAGUCCUGUUGCUUUUGAAACUGUGUUAACGCAAGUCUCGGAGCUUGAGGACGCACGAAUUGAGAUUUUACUUACCCAAUUAGCCCGUCUGAUUAAUUAUCAAUAAAUGAAGAUUUACGUGUCUCCCGACUAUCUUGAGAAUAAUCUAACGUAAUUUUAUGUGAGAGAAUUCAGCCCUUGGAUUACUGCACAAGGAAGGUGUAUUAGCAAUUUUCGGCCCUCAGAAAUCCGCGCAGGCAAGGUUCUUAUCUGACAUAGCAGACAAAGCUCGGGUCCCAUCUAUCUCCUUCACAGCAACGAGCCCCCUCAUCACGUCUUCAGCUAGGUCUUACUUCGUGAGGAUGGCUAUCAACGACUCCGCCCAGGUCGACGCCGUGGCUUCCAUCGUCAGGUACUAUGCGUGGAGAGAAGUUGUCAUCAUCCAUGAGGAUACCGAUUAUGGGAACGGGGUCAUCCCUUACCUUAUCGACGCCUUGCAAGCGAACAGCAUCAGAGUCCCCCACAGGACAGUGAUACCCCCUUCGGCAACGGACGACCAGAUCAAGGAAGAGCUCCUCAACUUGAAGAUGAUACAGACGAGGGUGUUCAUUGUGCACAUGUCUCUGCCUGUCGGCACUCGUGUCUUCUCGAAGGCAAAGGCGAUAGGAAUGACGACGAAAGGGUUUGCAUGGAUCGUCACCGAUGGCAUCGCAAACCUCGUUGACUCUGUCGACCACGAAGUUAUCAGCGCCAUGCAGGGCUUCGUGGGUGUGAAGCCCUACGUACCCAGAACCGCAGAACUUGAAGCAUUCAUCCGUCGAUGGAAGCGGAAGUAUCGCAAUGAAAACCCUGAAGCCGAGAGGAUCGACCCCUCCAUCUUCAGCCUUUGGGCCUACGACUCCGUCAGAGCCCUGGCCUUGGCCGUGGAGAAGGUUGAAGUUAAGAGGUUUUCCUUCGAGAAGCCACGGAUCUUUGGCAACUCCACGGAUCUAGACGCGCUGAUUGUGUCCAAGAUGGGUCCGACCAUCCUCAAAGCGGUCAUUGAGACGAGUUUUACAGGCCUCAGCGGGGAAUUCCGUCUGGUCAACGGGCAGCUGCAGAGCUCGGCGUAUCAGAUAGUCAAUGUCGUCGGAAAUGGGCAAAAGGGGAUAGGCUUCUGGACACCCAAACGUGGGCUGUCACCGCAGUUGGGAUCUCCGACCAAUAAGGACGAGCUCGGCGCCGUCGUCUGGCCAGGAGAUUCCACCUCAGUCCCGAGAGGAUGGGAGAUCACCACCGGUGGGAGAAGGCUCAGGGUUGCUGUCCCGGUGAAGCAUAGCUUCUUCGAAUUCGUGAGAUUUGACGAAGAUCCCGUCACAAAGGAGAAUGUACCCACAGGAUACUCCAUAGAGAUCUUCGAUAAAGUUAUGAAGUCCUUGCCCUACUAUGUUCCCUUCGACUACUUCCAUUAUGCGAUCAGGAAUGGAGUCUCUGCCUCCUACGACUUGCUCUUACAGCAGGUCCCCGCAGGGGUGGUGAGUUCAUAUUUUUUUUUGGCAUCUAACUAAAUAAUGCCUACCAUCAUUCCAUCUAAAUUAAUCAUAGAGUGGAAAUCUCAACUAGAGAAGUAACCCCAUUCAUUUAUCCGCACCGCUUGACAUGUUGAUCGAUUUUAUAACCUCUGAUUCCAAGCUAAUAUAUCGAAUCAGUUAUUUUUUAUCCUUGUUUAUUUUAGAUGUAAAUCCAGUUAAACUAUUGAUUACUUUCGUUAACUGUGAACUUUGUUUUCUCUCUCUCUCUCUCUCUCUCUCUCUCUCUCUCUCUCUCUCUCUCUCUCUCUCUCUCUCUCUCUCUCUCUCUCUCUCUCUCUCUCUCUCUCUCGCUGGCUAUUUCUUUAUUCUGGAACCGAAUGGUUUCUCAAUGAAAUGAAAUGGCAAUCACCAUUUUAUCUCGUGUUGGGGAGUAGGACUAUGAUGACGUUGCGGGAGACGUGACGAUACUGGCUCGUCGGUUCCAGUACGUGGACUUCACCCUGCCGUACACGGAAUCAGGGGUCUACAUGAUCGUUCCCCUCAAAGACGACGACAAGAGGGAGAAUCUUGGUCUUCAUGGAACCGUUAACGCCCGAGCUGUGGCUGUGCAGUCUCUGCUUCUUCGUCUUUACCGGCUUCAUUUUGUGGGGGAUCGAGCGGAUGCACAACAACGAGCAUUUCAUGGGUCCUCCUCUUCAAGUUAUCAGCAACGUUCUGUACUUCACAUUCUCGACGUUCGUCUUUGCGCACAGUACACUACACGCCUUCUCCCACGUCUUUUCCAAGUCUUCUUCUUCUUUCGAAGCCUUAUUCUUCCUCCUCUUCAGACGUUCUUCUUCUAAGUUCCAAGUCCUCUUCAAUUCUUCUUGUAGUCUCUAAAUUUCCAUCUUGAGGCCUUCUUCUCACCAUUAUUCUCGUCUUCAAUUUCCCUUGUACCAGUUGUCGUCUUCUAAACAUGAUGUGUACAAUUUAUUCAGAGCAAGAACUUAAGAGCAGCUUAUCAAAGACCGUGAUAAUCGUGUGGCUCUUCGCGGUGCUCAUACUGACGUCGACCUACACGGCUAGCUUGGCAUCUAUUCUGACAACGGCGAACCUCAAGCCUGCGUUCAACGACGUGGGCGAGUUGGUCAGAAGCGGGAAGUUCGUAGGGUACAGCAGAGGCUCCUUUCAGAUGGACCUGCUGAAGCCGACCUUCGGCUCCAAGCUGAUUCCCUUAAGCGGCCCGGAUAAGUACGCCUCGGCUCUUACGAAAGGCACUGUGAACGCCGUCUUACAUGAGCUCCCAUACGUCAAGCUCUUCCUCAAAAAAUACUGCAAGGGCUACACCAUCAUCGGCCCGACUCAAAAGACUCUGGGGUUCGGAUUCGUGAGCGUCUUCUCUUCUCACCUUUCUCUCUCUAGUUAUCGUCACUGCGAUAGAGGGCUCCUCCAUGUUACAGCUGAACCUUUCGGUCUGAAAGUUUAUCCCCAAUGCAGGCCUUUCGGAAGAACUCUCCCCUUCUCUCGGACGUAUCGAAGGCGGUGGUUACCUUGAUGCAGAGUCCGUUGAUGGACGACAUCGAGAAGCGGUGGAUGCUGACGAACGAUACGAGCCAGUGCCCGCAGGCCGAUGCCGGCGGCAGCCACAUCACAUUGCACCGCCUGCGGGGGCUGUUCGUCUUCACCGGUAUCAUCUCCUCGAUGGCGCUGCUGGUCGCCUGCAUCGAAAACCUUCUCGGGGGAUACCAAAAUCCCCGAGUGAGGCCCCCCGAACCAACCCUGGAAGAAGAAGAUGAACCGCUGGCCGACGACGAGCAGCCCCCAGUUGACGUCGGACUGCCCGAAAUAGGAGGACCAGGGCGAGACAGUGGGGCAAAAUUAGAAGAUUCCGGCGGGAGGGGCCUAUCCAUGACCGAAAAUUCUGCGACUUCACAAGGACAUCGAGAGGUGACUGUUUGA